AUGUGGUCCCAGGUGGCAGUUCUCUUCGUCGGUUGCAGCCUGCUGAUCCUUGGCACGGCGACGGCCGCGGCGGGCACGGGCUCCGCCAGCUCCCUGCCGAGUUAUCCCGUGUUCGGGACGAAGCGAUACACCCGGGGUAAUGUGAUCCCCGCGGGAGAGUACGGUGGUGGGCAGGUCGGGGCACUGGCCCUUCCGGUGUACCACCAUCCAGCCCGGUACUACGAGCCGCAGCUGCCCCAGCAGUACUUCCCGUUUGCGCCGUACCAACCCACGACCGAUUACUACGACGAUCUCGGCUACUACGGCGGAAACGAUGGGGCCACGAGCUUCUACUAUCGGCCACCACCGCCACCACCACAGCUUCCGCACCGUCGGUACCAGCGGAACAACGAGCGGUACACCUCGUACGGGUUGCCCACGUACCGGGGGGAGUAUAAGCCGACUCCUUACUACUAUUCGCACGGUCCCAGCUACAGCUACUCGGACGAGCACGAGUCGAGCAAUCCGCUCGACGAUCUGCACGAGGAGAUGCUGCAGGAGGACGAACGGGAGCGGGCACGGGACUACUACCCGGUCGGGCAGGAGCAAUGGUACGAGAGUCCGUCCCGUCCCGACUCGACCUUCCUGCGCAACCUGAUUCUCUACAACCAGCAGCUGCAGAGCUUCGCCGGGCGAGGCAAGGCACCUCAGUCUCCGCCACCACCACCACAGCUGUACCCGGAUUCGUCGGCCGAGGAGGACUUUGACGAGUACGACGAACCGGAACCGGACUACGAGUACGACACCGAGCCGAGUGCGGGCUUCCGGGACAGCUACGGGUAUGGCGCUGGCGAUCCUGGCUAUGGCCCGACCACCAACCGGAACGCGUUCAGCAAGCUAAGCAGCUUGCGCAACAGUAUGGCCCGAAACAGGCUCGAGGACGAAGAGGAAGACGAUGACGCCGAGGACGAUGAGGACGAUGAGGAGGUCCAGGAGCUGAAAUCGUUGAUACACCACCAGCAGAAGGCCACCGCGAGUCAGCAGCGAUUACCGCCGAUGUUCGUGGACCGGAUGGCCCCGUUCGUCCUGAAGAACCAGCAGCCGCCACCAGCGCCACCACCACCGAUGGUCACCACGUCUGCCAGCGGGCCAGUGCACCAGAAGCAGCAGUCCAUCCAGCAGCAGCAGCGAGAUCUGCUGGAGGAGCAACGCAAACAGAAGGAGCAACUGGAGCAGGCGAAGAAGCAGCAACUGCUGGAGCGCCAGCAGAAGCUCCUGCGUACCCUUUCGAGCGAUUAUCAACCGCCGGCGCCACCCGUUGCCCCGGAACCCUGGCAGAGGGAUAGCCCGAGCUAUGGGGCUGGUCCUGCGGCUGCAUCGUACGGAGAUUACGACACCGAGUACGACGAGGAUGAUGACGACUCCUGGAGCCACUGGGACCGCAAGCGUAACGUGCAGCCCAAGAAGGCGACUUUUGCUAGCAAAUCCACUCCACCGGUGUCGACGACGGCAAAGCCGGGUAAGGAACUACCCAGCGGCACCACCCCAAACCCCACGACGACGGAUAAGCCCGGUGCCCAACAUCAGCACCCGGUGGGCAACGGACAGAAGGAAGUCGUCCUGCCGAGACCGACCAGCCCGCGGAACGCGUUUGCGGCCAGCUUGCUCAGCGCGGUUCAAGCGCCGCAGGACGGUGGCGACGGAGUCCUGAAGAUGGACGAAGCCUCCAAGCUGAAGCAGAUCAAAUCGAGCAAGAUCUACGACACGCUCAAAGCGAUGAUCACCAUGCGUCAGAACCUUGAGGAUGCAGAUCUGCGCCAGCAGCUCGAGCACCAGAAACAGUUGGCCCACAUCCACAAGCGGUUCGUGUCGAACGAGGAAUCGCUCGUCCAGCAGCUGGACGGUCUGAAGCGAUCGGCAUAA